UUGCCUCAUUCACGAAAGAUCUGUGCGCGCUAAAACGUCUUUGGAAAAACACAAGCAUUGGCCCUCAAUCUCACAAAUUGUGAGAACAAUAAAUCAGUGAGAUUGAUGCGAUGAGUAGAGAGUGAAAAUUAAUAUAGUUUUUUUUUCCACCUAUAUAAUCUCUUUUGUGUACAAAGAUAGUGAGAAAAUUUGCGAUAGUAAAAUUAGAGAAAGAGUUUUGAUCUAGUGAAAAUUUUCCCUUCAUUUACCACUCAAGUUUUACCGCUCUAGUUUUAACAAAUUUUCAUUGUAAUUAGAAAAACUAUAAAAUACAUAGAAGAAAACUGUUUUAGUGAUGUGGAAAAUAAUUGGAAUAUGUGCGACACUCUAUGGAUUACUUCUCUUGGAUAUCACAAUUAAUGCGCAAAUCGAUGGAUAUGAGGAAGGUGUGGACUAUCCAGCUUAUGAUUCCAUCCCUAAGGACUUAUCAUUUUCGUGCCAGAACCGAAUACCCGGAUACUACGCUGAUAUCGAGGCUCGAUGUCAAGUGUGGCAUUGGUGUGUAAACGGAGGACAACACUAUGCCUUCCUCUGUCCCAAUGGAACAGUUUUUAACCAAGCUUUCCGAGUCUGUGAUUGGUGGACAAGUGUGGACUGUCCAGCUUCUGAACAACUCUACACCAACAAUGAGGAAUUGUACAAAGAUGCCGAGGGCAAUUUGAUAUGAUACAGAGAUUCCCGAGACACUGGUGGUGGUUCACAGAGGAAAUCUGCAAAAUUGACGUCGCAAAGCGCAAUACCAAGAAGUUUUCCAAAGACAUUCAUCCAAAAUUUCCGGCAAUCUUCAUCAGAGAGUCUUCGUGGUUCGAGUCAGAAGUUACCAUUGCAGAAUAAUUUACAGGAAAAAUCGAUUGAGAUGGCAUCAACCUCGUCGACUACAAAGCCCACAAAGCCAUUUCGCGGAAGACAGAAGUAUCGAGUGAAUUCAAAUGAUCUGGAGGAGCAAAAGUUCUUGCAGAAAACAAAAUCAGCAAUUAAGGAUAAAAUUAUUUAUGAAAUGGAAGAGGACGAAAUCAUUGAAACGGUGGAGUGAAAUUGGGAUCAAUUUCUUACAAAAGAGAAAAAUAUUUAUUCACAAACCUGAUUGUAUAUUUUUAAAUUUUACUGCAUUAUUUAAUUUAAAAACAAAAAAAAUUAAGAGAACAAUGUAAUUUGUAUAUUCUUAAAAUUGUAUGAAAGAAAUCGUGAAAAUAUAGUGAUAAAAGUAGAAA